UCCGGUCUCUGCGAGCUGCGUCGGCGUACACUUAACGCCGAGGGGAUGUCUCAUGGCAGAGUGGUUUAACAGCAAAGUCUUCAUCAUUGAACGUCUUCCGUGAACAUGCCCCUCAUCGACUCACUUUAUGUGACUCUUUAACGUCGAGGACACUUGGUCGUAGUCGAGUUCUUCCUUGUAUGAAAGUGUUUCUUCCAAGUUGGCUCCGUCCAGCGCGACCACACCCUCCCCGCUUCCUCGUCAGUCUUCAGCGGGAGCAGCACUUUGUAUGUGCGGGAAUAACGGACACUUCCUCCAAACCAGAACACACUUCACAACCGCCUGUUAUCACUAGAGGACCACCCCGGAGGACCACCGAGCGGCAUGGAUACACAAAGCGAGCGGACACCGAGACGAAGCGAGCUGCCCGGCGCCGUGGUCCCGCGUUAAGACUGCGAGGAGGAGGUGGACAUCCGGACGGUGCAAAUGGAGUCCAGCAGCCCGGAGCUAGCUUGUAACUUGUGUGUGAACAACACCAGGUUGAAACCGGAUCGAGCCGUGGAUGGACUUUAACCGUCUGGAUCGAUUCGACGUGAGCGGGAUUCAAUGGAACGGUGGUGCCGGAGGGAGAGCCGCCCGGGUGGUGCCCGGUGUGUACCCAGCAUGAGUGCGCCAGGCCGGGGAAGCAGUUGGGCGAGGUGCCGCUCCACACCGUCAGCUCUGAUAAAAGUGGACAUAAAAUGAUAUUCUGUUGAGGACACUUCAAUAUCUAAUUUGACAAAAUAACACAGAAGCAGAUUGAAUUCCAAGUGUUUAAAUGCAAAAAAACAUAUAGAAUCUUUGCCAUAUGGAAGGCAUUUAUUUAGUCCAAACCUGUGACUACAGUGACACUUUGAAUUCAGGGCAUUUUGACUUAUUUUAGUUUUAUUUAGUUUUAUUAUUAAUGACUGAGAAUGCAUUGUGGGAAUAUGGCAGAUAAUCAUUCAGAUCUGGGUGAAAGUAACCCAACAAUGGCAUUUGAAUAAUGCAGUCUUUUUGUUUUUUUGCGUUUCAUCAACUUCCUUUGUUCGUCUUCAGUCGGCAUCGAAUGUCCACGUCAUUUGCUGUACUUUGAAGGAAUCAAAGGAAAACUUUUAUUUUUAAUUUUGGCCAGUUUUUUUUUUAAAUUUGAAGUCAGUCGAGGCUAAUAUCGAAAUGUCUUAAACGGAGCAAUGCAAUUGGAGGCAGCAGUAGAAACAUAACCCGAACAGAAGAAGAGCAGCGUGACCAUUCCCCCUAUCAUGGCGAGCGGCGGUUCCGGCAAAUCGGCCGGCGAGGGAUCCACCGGCGCCCCCGGUGGCAGUCUGCAACAGAGGAAGCGUCUCUCGUCCGUGUGCGACGCGUGCAAGGCCAAGAUGCAGCUGGUCGCCGACCUCCUGCUGUUGUCCAGCGAGACCAGGCCGGUGAUGACUUCCGAGGGCGUGGCGUUGGCCGACACCUUCGACCAAUGCCGCGACACGGUCAUUGCACGGACCAAAGAGCUCUCCAUCCUCACGCAUGACAUCCAGAGCCAGCUCAACAUGGGCCGCUUCACCGAGGUGGGCGACCGCUUGUCAGAGAUGGCCGAUUUGGUGGUUUCUUUGACCGAGUGCUCCGCCCACGCGGCGUAUCUGGCAGCUGUGGAGACGCCCGGCUCGCAGCCUUGCUCGCCGGGUCUAGUGGACCGCUACAAAGUGACUCGCUGUCGUCACGAGGUUGAACAAAGCUGCGGCGUCCUCCGAGCGACCUCCUUGCCGGAUCUAACCCCCCAGCUCCUUCUGGAGCUCUCCCAGAACAUCUCCACCAACCUCAAGACUCUGACGGACAUCUCGUCACUGGCCAGCGAGAGGUCCAGAGACCGCUUUGCCAAAGAGCAGUUCAAGCUGAGCGUCAAGAGCAUGAGCACCAGCGGCACCGCCUUCUUGGCGUGUGUGAAGGAGAUCAAGACUCAGCCAGGUGAGCUCACCAGGAACCGUUGUGUCCUUUUCAGCGCCGCUCUCGUCCACGCCGUCAACGCUCUGGUCGGGUUCGCUACGGAGCCGCAGUUCCUGGGAAGAGCUGCGAUUGUCUCCGCCGAAGGCAAAGGCGUACAGACCGCAGUGCUGGGAGGCGCCAUGAGCGUGGUUUCGGCCUGCGUCCUCCUCACCCAGGGACUCAGGGACGUCGCCCAGCACCCUGAGAGCAGCUCCAAAAUGGCCGACUACCGGGAGCGCCUGCGGAACUCUGCGUGCGCUAUAUCAGACGGCUGCACGCUGCUCACUCAGGCCCUCAGAGAGCGCUCCUCGCCGAGGACUCUGCCGCCAGUCAACUCUCAUUCUGUGAAUUAGUCCAGAGAUAGACGACGAUGACGACGUCUCACUCUGUCCUGAAACCAAAGAGGCUCGGUUUAGCACUGCUGAAGGUCUGUCGCGACACGUCGAUGAGCACCUCUGCGGGUUUUUUUUUUUUUACGUCACGCUGGAUGUGACUUGAAUCCGAGACCACUUCCAUCGACCCGAUGCGAGCUCCUCACAAACUGACAGAACCUUCCAACCUGAAACGUUUACCUCAGUUGUCUCCUCGCGGUGUGAAGCUACCAGGGACUGACCUGCUCCAGCAUCUUUUCAUUUGGUGUGUGAAGCCCUACUUGCUAAAAGCUGCUGUGCGUAUGUGCCAUAGAUUGUUUUUUUUUUACACAUUAUUGGUCUUCACCUAGUACUUUAAUGUGUUGUGACCGUGCAUUUAAUGGAGUAUUUAUUUCAACCAUUAAUAAAUGUUCUU